UCAGCUAGGCGCCUGAGCUGGCUGCGGCGUGCAGUGGCGGUGGCAGGGACGGCCAGGACGACUGGAGAGACGCGUAGGUGAUGGCCGCACCGCGGCCUGUCAGCUCGAAUUCGAGCUCCAGGAGCGCUUCCCGGCCGCGCCCGCGCCCGCCCGCAGGUCUGCAGCAGUCCGGGCAGCUGGGGUUCAUCGAAGCCCAGAAGCGGGUCCUGGAUCUGGAGAAGAGCCUGCAGUUCCUGCAGCAGCAGCACUCCGAGACGCUGGUCAAGCUCCACGAGGAGAUCGAGUACCUGAAACGGGAGAACAAAGAUCUCCAAUACAAGCUAAUAAUGAAUCAGAAGCCGCAAAAGAAAGCAGGAAGCAUCUCCUCCUCAAGCCUUCAGUCCAACAAGUCCAUUUCCAACUCAUCCAUAUCAACUAACUCUCAAGCCAAGACCAGGCCCCAGCCUGGCUCCUGCAGGAAACAAGAGUUGAAAAUUGACAUCUCUCAGAAGAUGGACUCAGAAGAACAGCCACUCGGUGCUGCCAUGAUUCAAAGCAGCAAGUUGGACAGAGUCCCUGGGGUGCAGAUCCAGGCCAAAGACGAGGAAGCGGAGAUCUCUAAUUCAGUGGCAACCUUGGUUGGGGGCCAGCACAGGGGAAAGCAGGUGACAGGGGUGACUGCCUCCCUGAGCCUGCCCCCACACCUGCGCAAGCCCACCACAGUGCAGCAGUGCGAGGUGGUCAUCCGGCAGCUGUGGAAUGCCAACCUUCUGCAGGCCCAAGAGCUGCAGCAUCUCAAGUCUCUCCUGGAGGGGAAUCAGAGGACUAAGGCUGUCAUGGAGGCUGGGCCUAGCUCUCUCAAGGACCAGGAGGCCAUGCAGUUCCCCAAGGUCUCUACCAAGGGCAUCUCUAAGAAGUGCCUGAUUCUGAGCCCAAUGCCUGCGGCGGAGCGAGGCAUCCUGCCUGCUCUGAAGCAGAGCCUGAAGAGCAACUUCGCCGAGCGGCAGAAGCGGCUGCAGGUGGUGCAGAACCGGCGCCUGCAUCGCUCUGUGCUCUGAGCCAGCACCCCACAACUCGGCUGCCCUCUCCACACAGCUCACACGGAUUAUUCCAUGACUUCAGCCCCUCCAUCCCGGGAGACAAAAACCAUGACAGAUAAAGUACUUAAUCUCAGAGCUGAGAAACUAUUUUCUCACUAUUGUUUGGCUAUUCUCCAUUUACACAAAAGCACAUUAUUCUCUGCUGAAAACAGAAAAUAAAGCUUGUUUCACCUA